CCCCGAGUGACAGAAGCGCCCGGGUACCGGAGCCGGAGCCUCCGCUCGCGCCGCCGCCCCUCACCCCCGCUCCGGCCCCUCCGGUGUUAUGCGGCGGCCCUGAGGGGCGAGCGCAGCCCGGCAGGACCCGACGCGGCCCUGAGGGGCGACGGGGUCUCGCCGCGCCUCGCCGGCCAAACCCAUGACUACGGCAAACUGCGGCGCCACCGACGAGUUCGACUUCAGGCUGAUCUUCGGCGAGGACGGGCAGCCCGGCCCCGGGCCGCCGCUAGGGCCCGCAGAUCUUGAGUCAGAUGACUGCGCGUCCAUAUACAUUUUUAAUGUAGACCAACCAUCGUCCUCUGUGAAUCAGCCCAUUUGUAUUCCUCGCCACGGACUGCAAUCUCACUCCUCUCCCCUGACACCUCCUACAAGACUUCAGAGCCAUAAGAACUAUGAAGGCACGUGUGAGGUACCAGAGUCCAAAUACAGUCCACUAGGUGGACCCAAACCCUUCGAGUGCCCCAGUAUUCAAAUUACAUCGAUCUCACCCAACUGUCAUCAGGGGAUCGAAGCCAAUGAAGAUGAACUACACACAAAUGGCACAGAAAAUGACUAUAUGGAAAGGCCUUCACGGGACCAUCUCUAUCUUCCUCUUGAGCCAUCAUACAGGGAAUCAUCCCUUAGUCCAAGCCCUGCCAGCAGCAUUUCAUCCAGAAGUUGGUUUUCAGACGCUUCCUCUUGUGAAUCCAUUUCCCAUGUUUAUGAUGAUGUAGACUCAGAGCUAAAUGAAGCAGCUGCUCGAUUUACCCUUGGCUCUCCUUUGGCAUCACCUGGUGGUUCUCCGAGAGGUCCCAGUGAUGAAUCAUGGCAGCAGCCUUAUGGAUUUGGGCACUCCUUGUCACCUAGACAGUCUCCCUGUCAUUCUCCUAGAACUAGUAUUACAGAUGAAAAUUGGUUAAGCCCUAGACCAACAUCAAGGCCCUCAUCAAGACCUACAUCCCCUUGUGGGAAACGACGACACUCCAGUGCUGAGAUUUGCUAUGCUGGUUCUCUCUCUCCUCACCAUUCUCCAACUCCAUCACCUGGCCAUUCUCCCAGAGGAAGCAUAACAGAAGACACGUGGCUAAACACUUCCAUCCAUAAUGUACAAGGCCUUAAUUCUGGCCUUUCACCAUUUCAGUGUUGUACAGAGACUGAUAUUCCUCUAAAAACAAGAAAGACCUCAGAGGAUCAGACCGCCACUUUAUCUGGAAAGGUCGAUAUCUGUCCUGAAGAGCAGGGUAACUUGUCAUCAUCCCUCGAAACUGCAGUAGAUGAUUGCUCUGGAUCUCAGCACACCUUGAAAAAAGAUUUGCCCGGAGACCAAUUUCUUUCUGUUCCUUCACACUUUACUUGGAACAAACCGAAGCCUGGUCAUACUCCUAUAUUUCGCACAUCUUCAUUGCCACCUCUUGACUGGCCUUUACCAAGUCAUUAUGGGCAGUGUGAACUGAAAAUAGAAGUCCAGCCUAAAACUCAUCACAGAGCUCACUAUGAAACAGAAGGAAGCCGAGGAGCAGUAAAAGCAUCUACUGGAGGACACCCUGUAGUGAAGCUCCUGGGCUACAGUGAAAAGCCCGUGAACCUCCAAAUGUUCAUCGGGACAGCGGACGAUCGGUACCUGCGGCCUCACGCCUUCUACCAGGUGCACCGGAUCACUGGGAAAACAGUUGCGACAGCCAGUCAAGAGAUAAUCAUUGCCAGCACCAAAGUUUUGGAAAUUCCACUUCUUCCCGAAAAUAAUAUGUCAGCCAGUAUCGAUUGUGCUGGUAUUUUGAAGCUUCGCAAUUCAGACAUAGAGCUCCGUAAAGGAGAGACAGAUAUUGGAAGGAAGAACACCAGAGUGCGACUUGUGUUCCGUGUUCACAUCCCACAGCCUAGUGGAAAAGUCUUAUCUCUGCAGACUGCUUCCAUCCCUGUUGAAUGCUCUCAGCGGUCUGCUCAAGAGCUUCCUCAGAUUGAGAAGUACAGCAUCAAUAGUUGCUCAGUAAAUGGAGGUCAUGAAAUGGUGGUGACAGGAUCCAAUUUUCUUGCAGAAUCCAAAAUUAUAUUUUUUGAAAAAGGACAAGAUGGACGACCUCAGUGGGAGGUAGAAGGGAAAAUAAUUAGGGAAAAGUGUCAAGGGGCAAACAUCGUACUUGAAGUUCCUCCAUACCAUAACAAAACCAUUACAGCUGCAGUUCAGGUGCAGUUUUAUCUCUGCAAUGGCAAGAGGAAAAAAAGUCAGUCUCAACGUUUUACUUAUACACCAGUUAUAAUGAAGCAAGAGCACAGAGAUGAGGUGGAUCUGUCUGCUGUUCCAUCUCUGGCCCUUCCCCACACAAGCAACGUCCAGGGCCUGCAUUCGAUCCGAACUCAGCUGCCUUCACCAGAGCAAGGGCACCCACAUGACAAUUUGCUGUCUACGUCACCCAGGAGCCUUGUGUGUCCUGUUCAAGCACCGUAUACAGCAAUGGUGACCUCGGCAGUGUCCCACCUGCCACACAUGCAAGGUAGAAACCUUAGUCCAAGUGAAGAGUGUCAUGUUUUGCCUCCUGCUGUGGUUCAGUCUUUUCAGGUAACAUCAGCACCUUCUGUGAGGCCUUCUUACCCACCUAUGCAGUCUAAUAACGUGUACAAUGGACAGUCUGGUCUUCCUAUGAACUCUGCCUCCAGCCAAGGAUUUGAUGCUAUUUCAUUUCCUCAAGACACAGCUGUACCUCAUUUGAUAAAUCUUGGCUGCCAAGCUCUACCACCAGUGCAGUUUCAUUCUUCAAAUCCAGGUUCUGUGUCAACAUCAAGUACAGCAGGGCACCCACUGGCACAUUCAGCUCAUUCAGGAGAGUCAUCUGCUCACCUGCCAUCAAUGGGAUACCACUGCCCAAGCACUGGGCAGGGCUCCAUCCCUUCUGCAAUGGGUCUCUCCCUUGGGCAGUCUUCUCCCAGCUGCAGCAAGUCCCAUACCAUUCUACAAAUCCGGCAUCCGCUUCAUCCACCGUCCCCGACAGCUUCCCACCCAUUGGUCCACUCGCCGCUGUCUGGACCUUCCUCCCCGCAGCUACAGCCUCUGCCUUACCAGUCUCCGAGCUCGGGACACCACCUCCUCCCCCCCACCACUAGUCACUCAGGCCAGCACUCCCCCAGCCCCCAGCCCUGCCCUGGGGCUCUCAGCGCUGUGUCACCCCUCGGGCACCACUCCGUGUGCGACUCAUCUCCGUUUGCACCCGAUGGGGCAGCUAUUAACAUUAAACCCGAACCUGAGGAUCGAGAGCUGAAUUUUCAAACCAUAGGACUACAAGACAUCACACUAGAUGAUGUGAAUGAGAUCAUAGGAAGAGAUAUGUCACAGAUCUCAGUGUCACAUGGAACAGCAGUGGCCAGCCAGCCUGCACGUGCGUGUCCUGGAUCUCUGGAGACAAGAAUAUCUGAUGGAAUCCAGUAAUGGAUAAGCUGACAACUAAGCAUCCAUGAAAACUUCACAGUUUCUCUGAAUAUUUCUUCAUCCUCUUCCUCUUUAGACUUACUGUGCUUCCAACUCUGUGGCCUUUAUGAACUGGAACAGUGGAUCCUUGCAAAGCCCUUUCAGUGGGUUACAUUUUUGAUGUAGAGACAGAGCAUUUUAAUUAUAGUUCCUCAGAUGCUGUAAAGAGACUUCUUAAAAUGGACACACAGAAUCUACACCAGAUAUUUUAACUGUUUUAAAGUUACAAACAAGCUCUGCUUUUUGCAUUUAAGUAGAAUACUUUUAUAUUGUAAGUGCUUCAGAUGUGUGGAGAGGUUAGUUUGCUCUUAUAAUAUUCACAGUACUGAAUGUGGAAAACACAUCUUCAGUGUGCUGCUUUCCCUUAGAGAUAGUAGAGUUUGUAACUGAUGAUUUGUAACACCUUUUGGUCAUUUUGGAAAGCCUUUAAAGCUUCUAUUGUUAAUUUUUUUUUUAGUAAGAUCUUCCAGUGGCAAAUCAUACCUGUCAUCUGAAGCCAAUGCCAUGGAAGCCAUUGUGUAUAUGAAUACUGUAGUGUUUUCUUUCUUAGAUUCAUAGGAAGCAAAGCCAAAUGUAGAUCUGCACUUGUUUAUAAACUGAAAAUGUUACUUGAUAGGCUGCAAAAAGACCAUUCCAUCAUGAAAGUGUUGGGAUAGAAAUUACAUUCCAAAAUUUAACUUUUAUAACUUUGUGGAUAAUCUUCCUGAUCUUUAUUAGCACAGGCUCCUUCUUGAAAUAGCUUUUUUCUUAGAAAGUUACACUUUUAAUCAAAUUUGAGCAGUAGGAUUUUAGAUUAAAGAACAGUAACAUCAAAGCCAUGUUAGAUAGAGAAGAAAAUUUUAUAUUUGCUGAGGAUCUAAAUGUUCCCUGCAGAAUAUGGUUUUGAAAUCACCAGUUCAGUGGCAUUCAAGUUUUUGAUGCAAUAAAUCAUUUGAUCACAUCUGUACGUUUUAUAUGCUGUAUGCCUGAUCAUGCCACUUGGAACUCCUAAGGAGAUGACAAUUACAGUUCCUUAAAUUUAGGCUGUUUAUAAAUGUCAGUUUGCUCAAAGUAAUUUACUGUGAAUUAGUGGUUAGGUAGUGUAAUGUGUCCAUGUUGAAUUGUAAAGGUGUGAAGCAGAAGCUACCAAAGAAAUCCAGCAGAUUCCCCACGGCAGCAGUGAACUCUGUGCUGUGCUCCGAGGAUGCAUCUCCCUUACCCCCAUGAUCUGAUAAAUUGGAAACAAUCUGUUUACAGAGUUAUUUAAAAAUCUCAGGCCUUUACAAUCGGACACCUUGGAGAGGAUGUGAAACUGCCUGUGUCACACGCAUUUCCCUGCCCCAAAAGGCACUCAUUUCCAGAGCUCUCCUCCAUGGAACACACAGGGUACAACAGUCACAGCAAAGCGAGACUGAAGGACACGGAAUGUCAGAACAUCCGAGAUGUUCAGUUUAGUUCCUCAGCGGGGUGAGCCAUGAUGCUCUAACAAAAAUUGAAUGAAUUAACUCAAAGAAUAAGAAAAUUAAAAAGUCUAUCUGCAUUGGAUCCAGUUUGGACAACUGGGGACAUUUUAGCAGUUGAACACAUGGGGAGCACAUGCCUCUCUCUCUAGAGUGGUCUGACAGGGGAAAGCAGUGCUGAGUUAUAAUGCCUGCAGGAGGAAACACAGGUUCUACUGAUGUUGCAUUUUGGCAAAGUCAUGGGGAAAACUUUCCACUGAGCCUUUUGCAGGCAAAACAUUACACCUGAAGUCAGUGUCCAAGCAAUACCAUUACAGUUGCUAUAAUCACAUCUCUCUAAUAGCUGAAUCAUGAACUUUUAAAAAGGACGUACGUUGAGCAGGUGAAAUUAUAAUUUUAUCAUGUAACUUCCUUUUAAGAGUGCUGCCUGAGGCUACUAUCUUGAUGGUUCGUAAUUAUUUCAAACAACUUAGUGCUAGGCCACUAUGUACCUGCUGGGAAUCUUAAGCAUCCUUUUUGUGAAUGUACUGUUCAGUGGUGCAAAUCUUGAAAUUUGCAGAAAAAAAUUGGCAGGGCUGGAAUAUGAAAAGUGUGAUAUUGUAAUUGUCCUCAGCAGUGGUGCUUUACUCUGUCCUCUACUCAUGUUAAAGAUCCUACAAAGGACUCACAUGCUCAGAAAUACAUCUACUUGUGUUUUUAACACCUUAAUAACAAAACAAACCACACAACACUGUAAACUGUGUAAUCUGUGUUCAGAGUGUGUGCUGGUGGCGAGGCAUGUUCCAGUUUUCAUUCCUGUGUUGGGUCUUUUGCAUUAACCAUUGUUUGUAGGAGAAUUCUGACUUAAAAGCUUUUCAUACUAUAUGGGAUUUAUGCUCCUUUUCCUGCUGGUACAGACUCUCCUUGCAAGUUCUCCAAGUAGCUGGAAUUCACACUGUACCUAAAAUACAGGAGCCCAAACAAUCCGGAGUUGCUAUGCACUAAAUUUUCUGAUGCCUUUAAAUACCUUGAUGCCUGUAGACAUAGAGACGCUUUCCUAUUUAAAAUGAAAUUUAAAAAAAUAGCUUUGGAUACUAAAGCAGUUUGUAUUUGCCUUGUAAAAGCUUCAAUACAAGGGUCUUAAUUUUAUUUUAGCUUGUGUGAUAACGUAGGUAAAGACUGUAAUCUUCUAUAAUUUUAGUGAUAUAAAAAGCACAGGAUCUCUAUUCGACUAUGCAAAUUUAAUUAAACAGCAGAACCCGGCAACUGUUGAUAUUUUGUUGGCAUCCACUUCCUUGCCCUUAAGUCCUGUAUUCUCCCUGAGUACUUUUCCAAAAAUUUUAAAUAAUUUAGAUUAUCCUGAAGGAAAGCCUAAUGAUGAAGUAGCUUUUCUAUAAGGAGGGUCAAAGGUCAAUGUUAAAAAAAAAUUAAGGGGCAGCAUAUUAACCAGGGGGAGGAGGGUGAGUUUGAAAUGACUAUAACUAGCAAUCCAAAUUUCUGUAGUAAAACUUAUGUGUUAUCAGGGAACUGCCACCCUUUUUAAACCAAAGAAUGAAAAGAACGUAAUAGUUUUGUUCUGAUACAAAGCUUUGAAACUCUAUUUUUGAUACUCAUACUGGAUGUCAUUCCUGAGGUUCGGAAAUCGUUCAAAUUGAAGUUUUAUAUUUAAAAAUGUGGACAAUAAAGAUUAAGUUCUAGAUGUUUA